CAUUGGAACACAGUUUGAAUGGUUCCUGUGCCACGACUACAAGCAUUGUUGGAUAUCAAUUAUAAAAUUCGAAGCAAGAAGACGUGAAUGAUGUUAAAGUUGAUAUUAUUUGGAGGUUUAUUUUUUAUGGGCUUCGUUUCGGCUGAUGUAAUGACUGAGAAAGAUGUUCGUGAAAUUUGCGAAAAUGUCGUAAAAGAGCAACUUGAACAGAUUAAGCAGAUGUCCUCAAUAGCCGGUCCACCAGGACUACCGGGCAGACCAGGUUACCCGGGAGUCCCGGGACUAAUGGGAGAAAAAGGAAAUGAGGGCCAUCCAGGGUUACCGGGUAUGCCAGGUUACCCAGGACUAAAGGGAGACAAAGGUGAUACUGGUUUACCUGGUUUACCUGGUUAUCCGGGCCUAAAAGGGGAAUCGUGCAACAUGCCAAUCGCAUGGUAAGAAAAUAACGGACCGAUCUAUAAUUCCAUUUUUGGCAAAUUUGAUGUGUAGUUCUUGGUUAACUUUGAUUAUUCUUAUUGUAAAUAGUUUUUAUUUACUUUUUACAAUAUACCAUUGUUUUUGUUGUCAAUUCAUUUUUGUUUUUAAAAAUCAGUUUGUUCAUCUAACUCACUGAAGAAGGAAGCAUUGUUUCCGAA